AUGGAGGACAAAGCAGCAAACGGCCCGGGUGCUUUGCCGUAUCCAGACAUGGCUCCUCCGCCCAUGAUCACCAAUGGAUCACCCGGUAACACUCACGUCGACUUACAUGAGCCGAUCUACCUAGGUCCUUGCAACCAGAAGCAUGGGGAAAAUCGCCAUAACAAGAGACCCUAUUGUGAUCACUACCAGAAUGGUCGCUGCCAUGCCUACCAACACUGCAAGUUCCUCCACGUCGCUUUCGGCCAGGACCCAGGCGGCCAGAACGUCCCAUACAGCUAUGGCCAGACCUUGACGCAUAGGCUCCCCUGCCGCAAGCUUGACGCCCAAGGACGCCAUACCACAGACCUCAGUUGCGGCCUACACAUGUGGCUCCCCAGCGGCAUCCUCGAGGGCGACGCCUGGAUAAGCCUGUGCUACCCCGAUGGCACACCGAACCCCCGGGGCAUGGAGAUCGUGCACCGCUACAGGCCCAACUACACCGCAGGGUCCCAGCCCUUGGCCUCCUCUCCUCAGUACUGGGAUAAUAGCAUUGCCGGCAACCACUACUUGCCCCCGCCGCCGUUCGCCUCUGGCCCCCCCUUCUACAACCUCAUGUCACCCGUGGGGCCUCCGCCUGAAUGGUUCGGCCCUCCGGUGAUGCCGUUUAUCCCUCAUCAUGAUAGUAACCAGCAGGUGGUCAACGUUCGGGGGCUUCCAUGUCAGACUCGAUCUCGUCGGCGGGAACGUCACGCUGCUGCACCGGCACCAUGGUAUGGCGAAAACGUCAUUGGCAACGAGCUUCCUUCAUCCGAUCACCAGAGCAAUAUGGAUCAUCAGCCCGGCUCACAUCAGAGUCGAACUACUCCUCUCAAGCCUCGUCCCAGGGUCAGACUGCCAGGCCAGUACUUCGCGGAUGAUGAAGACAAGACUGCCUCGGGUGACAUUGAAAAUGUGUCUGACGUGUCGGAAUGCGAAGAUCGCUCUGCCUCCUUCGAUCUUGAAAAUCAUCCAACUUGGUCUACCAUCGCGGAACACACAUCUCUACCUCCAGAUCCAGAGUCAGUGGCCGAGGACAACAUGUCUCAAGGCGAAGCUCCCGACAACCAUUCUUCUGUUGUAUAUCUAACGCCCAAUCGACCAUUCGUGGAUGAUGGCACCCGACCGCGCCCUUUGGUUCGCUCCAGUUCUGCCGACUUUUCUUCCAGACUCGAUCCUCAAUCUCUUCGCACGAGACAUUGUAUUUCAGCGCCUUCGUCUUGUCAUGCCGACGAGGAAAUACCCAAGGUUGAAGAAUCCGAUGAGACCGAGCCUCGCCUCGUCUCACUAAUCCACAAUAAGCCCCCAUCCCCCAUUCAGCGCUCGCCUCCUCUCGGCUCUGACGGUACCUCUGCCGCACAGAUUACCGAUAGCACGGCCUGCUGUCUCUACAACUCAUCGUCUGCGGACUGCACUUCAGAUAUGGACGAAGACCGUCAACCAAAGACGGUGCGCGCAAGUACCGUCCCGGAAAUCCUACUCCCGUCAGCGCGCUCCUCUCCGUCUGCGCCCACCUUCUCCUGGGUUGCGCAGGCCACGGACGAUGAACAUACCGCCAGCCUAGCCAAGGCGUCCAUCACAAGUCUUAUCUUGAACGAUGAAGACUUUCCUGCCUUGCCUGCCGUUGGCAGCGUCAAACCCCAGAAGAAAGACAAGCCCUCCACGGCCAGCCGCGGCUCGUCUGAGAGUAAGGGGAAGAAGCGGUCCCACGUCAACUAA